AGUUUGCAGGUUACAGCGUUCGCAUUACUAAAAGUCCACUUGUGAAUGUUUAUUUCAUAUUUAGGAAGGAGUUUGAAUCGUAAGCUUUAAGAUUUUAUACUGACACAAACAAAUGUCACGACAGAGAGAUGACUCGUUUCAUUUUUACGAAUACUUGUGUCAGAAAAUUGGUUCUGAAGAGGAUGUUAAAGCUAGAAGAAUUACUUCUAUUGUUUGUGAUAUUGGAAGUGGACGUUUCAGACCAAUCAGGAGUGGGAGUAACGGCGAAGGACUAAAUUUAAAAGGUAGCGACGUUGAUUUGAUGAUGAUAAGUUCCGAAUUUGCAGUGUAUGAAUAUUUUAGCGAUAUGCCUGCUCAAAAUCAGAAGAUUCCUUUAGUAAUGGACACAGACGACACCCAACCGUGUUUUACUAAACUAAAAAUCUUAUGUGAUGGUACCCCUUUAUGCAUUCCUGAUAUACUAUCACACGCUGAUCAUACAGGGAUAGUGCUUUCCAGCAAAAUGUUUAAAGAGAUUCAACUUGAUCGCUUAUCUACCAAAUUCAAAUACUUUGAUACAAUACAUGGACCAUGUGUGGCCGACAACGACGACCAACUUGAUCUAGCGAUAUGCCUCAAAUGUGAAAAAUGGAUAUCCCACUCAGAACCAUGGAUAAAAAGAUCUCGCGCAAAAUGGCCCUCGGCUGAUGUUAUUUUUAAAAUCAUUUCUUGUGGCGUUUUGUUUGUACCAAUCGGCGGCAAAGAGUCAAUUAAUGAACACAUUGAAUGGAGAAUGUCAUAUUCUGUAUCGGAAAAAUUUCUUAUAUUUUCUUUCAAUCAUACACAAUUACUGUUUUAUGCGUUGUUAAAGAUUUUCCUGAAAGAAGUAGUUGACAAAGAAAUUUGUCUGAAAGGUUUGCUUUGUUCGUAUUUUAUUAAGACUCUCUUGUUUUGGAUCUUAGAAGAGUCAGACCCGUCGAUCUGGAGACCGGAUAAUAUAAUUCCGUGUUUUCAAGCAUGUCUACACAGACUAUUGUACUGUGUAGACUAUAACAUAUUGUUACAUUAUUUUGUUCCAGAAAAUAAUUUGUUUUAUUUACGGUUCAAUGCAAUUAACAGGAACAAAUUGUGCAAUCUCCUUAAAAUGUCGUAUCAACAAGGAAUACAAUAUUUAUUCGCUACAGAAACACUUAUGGAUUAUCCAAAGUAUUCUGGGGAAAUCAACCAACCAUUAUGUCGUAAUGCCAGACUAGUCAAUGAAAUCAAACAAACCAUUUCUUGUGGCAUUUAUGCAGUUGAAGAAAAAAUAUAUAUGCUCUUAAGCACAUUACUUCAUUAUUCUAGAAGUGGGAUGUCUGCAGAUAUUUUUACAUUCUUUCUGUUACGUGCACAUCAGAUUGUACCACAACGUUUACAAAUUCCACAGGGGUCAAACAAACUAAAAUAUAUCAAGUAUCAAAAUAUUAUCAGUCAUCUACUUAUAGGUGUACAUACAGAUACAGUAACUGGGUGGAUAAUGUUGGCUUGUUUUUUUUAUGAAAGAAAACAAUACAUAAAAACAGUAUCUAUAAUAAAUUACGUUGUAUUGCAGUUUACAGACGAGAAAAUUCCAAUUGACAAGAGUAGUCUCAACAGGAAACAGAUAUGUGCAUUGAAUAUGAUUGCAAACGAAAAGUUGAUGACGUCCUUGCAAACAUUGACAACACAUACUCUAGUUUUUGUUCAAAGAUCCUUGAUCAUACCAACAGAACUACAACUGGACGUGCAAAAACACAACUUCUUGAUUCAUCCUAAACUAUUUGCACUUUUUCUUGGAUUUCUAUGCUGCUACCAUUUGAAAGACUCUGCAUCAUGCAAUUAUUUCAUACGCCAGUUAUUACAAGUCCUCAAGAACAUCAUUAAUGGUAAGAGGGGAAUAGAUGCUGCAGAUGUGCGCCAUAUUUUCAUAUGUAUUGGGAUAGCUAUGCAAAUGAUCGGCGAAACAAACAGUGCACGAUAUUGUUUGCAAAGAGCAUCUGCAAUCGAUGUAUACAACCUUACAAGUGCAAAUAAACUACUGGCUGAACUUAAUUUUAAUGAUUGAGUUCAAGAUCAAAUCAUUUGUAUUGUUUGUUUUAUGUUUUUUUCAGCGAUAUAAUAAUUUUAAACACCAGUUUUUGUUAGAAUCAGGCCAUUGAGAAGAAU